UUAAUUUAAUUGUUGUAUCAGAGAACGUAAAUGAAUAUUUUAAUAAUUUCAAAAUCAAGAGGAGGAUAAUCGUGACAUCUGUUGUUAAUAUUUAGUGGUUUGUGUACGUGUUAAUUGAAGAAACUUAAUCAAAUAUAUAUAUGAGGUGGAAUACCAAUGGCAAUUCAACUUAAAGCUUUGUAUAUAGUUUUUAAUAAACGAUAUUCGAUGAAAUAUAAUGUAUUUAAAUAUAUUGUGCCUAUGGAAGUUACUUGUUCAUCUUGAUUUUUCUACAUAAAUCCACAAAAUUCGUCAUCAGGAAUAUAUUACAUUAAAUACGUCAAUCGGUAGCACUAGUCAGAAAGUUUAUCAUAUACGCUAAGAAUCGGUUAUCGAUUGCUAUAACAGAAUUUUAUAUCGAAACAAGCAUUCCUGGAUAGAAGUUUUAAGUUACUUCUUAAAUAAAAUAUUGGUGUGGUUUUGUAUUGGAUCAUCAAAUUUUGAUUUGGGAAGCGGAAGUUGGAGCUGGAUGGCCAAUUUUAAAACACUUAUUUAUUCAUAAGUAUCAACGUCCUCGCUUUAUUAUAAAUUGAUUUAACCUUGCAGAUUUAGGUUUAGCUAAAGAUGAUGACAGUGAAUUCUCGUGUUUUUCAAUAUUAUUUGGAUAAUUUCUUUAAAUUUCCCAAAGAAAUAAGGAAUGAUAUCGUUUACUGUCAGCGCUCUCUAAAGGCACAUAUCAAGGUCCAUCAGAUGGUGAUCGACGUUUUUAACCAGGAGGAAGAUGCAGAUCCGGCUCAGAAGCAACGUAUUUUGGAAGAAAUUGAAUCGGAGAUUUACGAGAUAAAUGCUGAGCAGCAUUUUCUAUUUUUACGACUUCGUCGGAUAGUUGAUGAAUUCACAAAAAUGUUGAAAAGGAAUGACGUCCUUAUCGAUUAUGAAGCAAUAAAUUCUACAAUUUCUAAAGAGGUGGUACCACUUAUAAAUGACCCUGCUAUUGGAAUAUUACCCGCAACAGUACUUUUUCGUAACACGGAACAAAAGUUAAUUGAAAAGUAUUUCGAAGUACAGAAAGAGAAGAUAGUUUAUGAAAUUGAAGAUUCGGAUGACGACCACAAUCAAGUUUUGUCUUCCGGCGAAUUGAUUGAUGAUUUUAGCGUAGCUAGUAAUGGUGCCUUCCAUUUGCAAGGUUCUUGUGGAAAUUCGAAUAGUUUGUCUCAAAUGUCUUUAUUAAAACCAAUUUCACAACGAUUGGUUGGCAGUGGACGCUUUACCGAUGCUUCCAAAUUCUUGCAAAUGAACCUUGUGGAAGAAAAGGCUAAUGAUGAGGCAACGAAGGAUGAUGUGCUGCUGCCAGAGGAUGUAUCAGAUUUUCCCGGUACAUCACAUAAAAAUAAUGAAUCUAUUGAGCCAUUACAAGAUGUACCUGUUUCUAAGAACGUAAAAAUUAGCCGCUUCAAUCUUCGGCAAGCUCUUAAUAAAGCGCGUUCUGAAAAUAUGGUAGCAAAGGCAGCUGCUAGCAUGAUAGCGCGGGCUAUACCAACAUCCACGACAGCGAUUUGUCAUGCCUCAACUUCUUUAGAAACGGUAACACAUUCUCAACGAAAAUAUGAAGUCAGAACAAGAUCAUCAAGAAAUAAUAGUGGAAAUGUAUUAACAGAAGCAAUAGUUCCCAGAGAAAAAAAUACCUCAGAAUUAAAUUCGUCUUCUGAUGAUUCUAAUCCUGAAAGACUUCAAAUCACACCCCAAUCCCAAUGGGCUGUAAUGGAUUCAACUGAGCAUCGAACUCUGCCAGAACAUUACGGACAAGAAAUGUUUUUACGUUUGUUUCAACUUUUUACCCCUAUAAUGCUCGUUCAGAUGCAACAACGUCGCUCAAAACGUAAACGUCGUACUGUCCAUAACAACGAACGUGCUGAUUUUCACUACGGCCGUAUUGAGUAUGGUAGCUAUCCUCCUCCAGAAAAAAAGCGUAAGACUUUUCUGAUUUCUCCACAAGUAAAACGAGUUUUACAAUCGAAACGCCCGAAGCGUACUAAUACUGACAAAAAUGAGAACCAAGCACCUUCUCGAUCUAGCUCCAGCUCACCAGACGAAAAACGUUGCUGCAAUGAGUGCCUAAAAACUGGGGGUUGUUUUGAUGAAUGCCUCGAAUGCAAAGGAUAUUACCAUCAAUUAUGUCAUAUAGAAGAAGAUGAAAAGUCAAUUGAUCAUCCAAAUGUUUCUGUCCAAAGAAAUGUAUUACAGAAUUUAUGCCCUGCUUGUAAACGUCAACGAUCAAGCUUAUUUAGCAAAGAUGCCCUGCAUUCCACUGCACAAGAGCUUGAAAAAAAACUCGCUCAUGAAAAGGAUCGGCGUGUGAAUUUACAGCAAGAAAGCAAAAUGUACAAAUUACAAAUGCGCAACCUGUUCAAUAUUGUUAAUACUAUCAAAUGUGAUCCAGAAAACGAUAGUUCCGGAUAAAAGCUACAGUACUACAAUUUUGAGUACUAAUUUUGUUUGGAGAAUGAAUAUGUAAAUUGAAUAUAAAUUCCACACAUAAUGCUUUUUUUUACUAACAAUAAUAUGACUUAUAUAUUUCCAAGUGUUCUUUAAAUAUUUAGUUGGGCUAUAAAAGACACUUCCUGGGAAUAAAAAAUUCCGUAUUUUAUACGGUAAUUUAGAAAGAGCUUGAGGAGCACUUAAUUUAAAUUUGUGGUAGGGAGGAAAAAAAUUGAAUAUAUAUAUAAGCUACUAUUACAAUUCCAAAAUAACAAAAAUGGCCGCUAAUAUUUGAACUUGAGUUGCAUAAAUCUCCUUGGCAAAAGCACAUAUACACUUUUUUAUAAUUGUAAACCGUGUUGGCACAGCGAUCUUGAUUGUCAUCUGGACCCCGUUGCACACACAUCCGCUGUAUUGCUUGGUCGUAGUCUAAAAAAUACAGGUGUAUAAAUAUGUGACAUUUCAAUUUUAAUGAGUUAGUCUAUACCGUCCACGGCAUACGUGCCACCACCUUCGAUUACUUUCCCACACCAGCCAGAUGCACAUGGUACAGCCGACAAUCCGGGUUCAUUUUCAACAUCAGUUGCAUUAAAAGAGAAUGGAUCUUUACAGCUUCCAAGUUCCCCUCUAGACCGACAUUGAAAACACCGACGAAGCAAACCUAAAAAAAUCAAUAUAUUUUAGAUUUGUUGUUUUAAAAGAACAUCCAAAAGUAAACGCGAAUUUAGCUUUGUCUUGUUUGAUCUGAUUAUUAAAUUAUGUAUCAAUGUCUAUAUGAAUAUAAUAUUUCCAACAAUAAAACAAAAGACUUCAACAAAGCACGAACGCGACGCAGUUCUAAUACUAGCCAUUUGAUAUUUGGACAAAAAGAAGCAAUAACGUAGCAAAUACAACUUUUUUAUGCAUUUUAAGUUUCAACUAGCUGUAUUUCUUUAAUUUUAUUAAAAAAUAAAUUUAUUCACGGUCCUUUGUAUAAAAUGGAAUUUUCACAAUGUAUUUAUUCACAUGGAGUUGCCGAGUCGAAUGAGAGAUUUAAAAAUUAAAGAUUAAAGCCAAUUAUUUGACAUUUCUGUUACAAGAUAAUAUUUCAUUUAUUGGCACCAAACAGUAAUGGUUUUUAUUUAAAGUGCUUAAAAACUUAAAAAGACUAAAGAAAUUUUUGUAUACGUUUUUUUUUAACUUAACUUUUGGAAUGGAUAUAAUUUUCAAAUUUCGAUGUUAAUUUGGAGGAAAUUGUUUCAUUCAUAAAAUAUAUGUUAUGAAUAAUAUCUAAAAAUGUAAAAUUAUACUAAAGAAAAAAUAGCUGUCAAAUUAACGAAAAUGGAGUUAACCGGGUUCUUUUAUUAAAAUAACGCAUUAGUUGUUUUGAUAAUUGUGUACUGUAAGCAAUAAGUUGUGUCCAUUGGCAAUGUUGCCUCUGAUAACAUUAUCGAGCUAACAAAUAGUUCGACUGUUAACCAAUCAUGAUGACAAGGUGAACCAAGUUGUUAAUUUAUGUUUGCAAUAUUUGUUAAUUUUAGAUCUAUUUUUUCCUAUAACUUCUAUGAUUACCUUAAUUCUUCUUAAAAUAUGUAAAUAAAAUAAAAUAUAGGAAUCUAUGAACUCUAAAAAAAAUUCUCGACUUCAAAUAUCCAAAGAUCACCUUAAGUCUCUUGAAAGGUAUUUUUCCAACUGUGUACCUGUUGUCCUCGUUUGUUAUAUAGAUUAAUCUAUUUAAUCGAUUUUAACAGGACCUCAUAGUUUCAGUUAUUCUUUUUAAACGAUUAUGGGGUAUUUUCGCUAGGGUGUUUAAUUAAAUUGUUAUUGCUUGUCUUUUAUUUGAUUGGUUGCUUAGAAAUUGAUUACUUAGACACUUUUGAAAGAUACUUACGUCAUGUCUGUAAUAUCUCUGUGUUCUUGAAUCACCAAGAAAGAAACGUUUGUCUCUCAGAUUUUGAGAUAUCGAUCCUUUUCUUCCCGCCGAUAUCGGAUCACUAUAGAAUGUAGCUGUCAUAUCUUCAAGAAGUUUGGCAUGUAUUAUUUUCCAUGGAUAUUUGUUUAUUUGUGAAGGGUAUUAUAGCUUCGGUGUUCAUUGUUGUUGUUACGGAGGUGCAAUAUGUAAGACAUUGCCAUACUCACAAUGUUCCGUUACACAAUAAGUUACAAUAUACAAGGUAGUUUGUACAAAGCUUGAGGUAAAAUAUACUUAACUCCCAUAUAACUUAAUUUAUUUCAACAGGACUAAGUGUAAACAUUUUUUUACAAUAUUUCACGAUGCAGUGUAAAAAUCUGUGAAUACGAUAGCUCUUAAACUUAAAGCAUCAGACGUAUUAAAUUUAAUCGAAAUGAAGAAGCAAAUUCAGAUUUCUGCACCAUGCACAACAUACAUAUAGAGAGCAGAUCACAAUAUCACAAUAUACAGAGAGCACUCACCCUAACGCAGAAAUGGUGCGAAGAAAACUAUACUAACAAUGAUGAAAAAGGGAACAAGGAAAGGAAACUAAAAGGCAGCAGAAAAAAAUCCAACUUUAAUAGAGAUGACUAGACCCUAAUGCAAUAAAAAAGGAGCUAAGAAAUUAUAAAAAUUGAAUAAGAGACUGGUAUUGGUAGAGUAGUAAUUGGAUAAGACUUUAUUAAAAACUAGCUCUGACGAAACUUGUGGCUUCUGUGAGCUCAAACCCGAAACACCAGAGCACUUAUGGUGGAAACAGAGAAUCUAAAUUAACGUUCUCUGUUUGAAAUGCGAAGCUGUUGCUAUCUAUGAUUUUCGCUAUUCUAGGGAAUAGAAUAAUAUGUGAUUGUGGUCCACCACCUAAUAGCUUUAUUUUACCUAACAACCACUUCACAAAAAAUGCACAAAAACAUGGGUGUUUUGGCACGAACUAACCUAACUCAUCUAUGGUUUGGACUAUGGGUGUUUAAUAUGAUACCAAAUCUGAAUAAUAAAUUAAGUACAUAUAUGUACAUACCUAUGUAUUACUUUUAAUUCUAAAAUAUGUUUGUUCCAUGUUUACAACUAAAGUGAAGUGGGUGGAGUAAGAGGAAAAGUGACUUACGUCAACGACAAAGCACCGAUAAAGAAUAUAUAUAAGUUGUUAAAGCCUAGGGAUUUUUUUUUGA